AGAAUUUGGUGGAGGCUCGAACGGAGCAGCGGACGGAGGGAGCGCCCGGUCAGCGCCUCAGAGCCUGCGAGAGAGAGAGGCCCCGCGGGGUUGGGGGCGGCCCCGGAAGGUACGCAGCGGGACUCGGCCGCGCUCCGAAAGACCAGGCGCCGCCUCGGCCCCAAACAGAUUCCAUAAUGAUGAAUGGUUCCAACGUGGCCAACACAACCACAACUUCAACCACCCCUGCAAAAUCCAAGGAGGACCAGGUAGUGAAUGGGCAUGAUGAGAAGGAAAACAACCCCUUUGCAGAGUACAUGUGGAUGGAGAAUGAGGAGGACUUCAACCGACAGGUGGAGGAAGAGCUGCAGGAACAGGAGUUCCUUGACCGUUGUUUCCAGGAGAUGUUGGACGAGGAAGACCAGGACUGGUUCAUUCCGUCUCGCGACCUGCCCCAGGGCAUCGGGCAGCUUCAGCAGCAGCUGAAUGGCCUCUCGGUCAAUGACAGCACCCACAGCCACGUUUCGGAAGACAUUUUGAGCAAAAGCACCUUAAACCCUGACGCCAAGGAGUUUAUCCCCGGAGUGAAGUACUGAACCUUCAGGAAGACUUCACAGACUCUUUUUCUUUUGGGGGCCCUGGAUGGGUAAGGGGAGGGGUGGGGGAGGGAACGGGAUCUUCAAGCCGUGGUGGAAAAGAGACUCUUCAUGGGCAAAUCGGUGGGCCUCUUAAGCUACUUAACCUCCUCUUUUUUCGCUGCAUCGGGACAUUUUGGAAAGAAAACUGACAAAAAACUCAUACCCAUCUUACAGGACAGGGGAUGGAGCCGGAUGGGGGCACCUUCCAGUUCAUUCUCCUAUUUCCGUUAAACAGCGCCACGCCCGGCCCAGUUGCCAGCGGGGCGUUCUCCUUGUUUGCCCGUCCUUGCCAUCUGCCUGCCCUUUCUUUGAGUGUGCUUUGGACACAGUUUGCGGGGGACCCUGCUGCAGGGCAAGUGGAGGCACCUGGAUUUCUCUUCUCGGUGGAAGUUUCCAAGCUUGGCAGGCCAGCUCUGCCCCCAGUCAGUUGUGCCGCCACCGCCGCUUCUUCUGCUUCCCCUCCUGGCUUUGGAGCAAUCCUUUACCUCUGCCCUCUUUCGCUCUGGCCGACAAGAAACCCAGUUGCCACCUUGUGGGCUGUAAGCUUCCCGUGGGACGGCAGCCCUCACUAAGCCUUUCUGGUUGGGGUCCCUGAGGCUUUGGGGAGCCCACUUGAACAAACCAGCUCCUUCUUCAGUUGCAAGCUCAGGGCUCCCUAUGGUGGCAGUGAUAUCCCAGGAGGUUCAAGUGGCUGUGUGUUUUUUCGAGGGGAGAACAAGGUGAUCUUGGGCAAAGAACCUGUCAUGAAUAAUUUCCUGUCCCUCCUUUCCUCUUUUUGCCUUUCUCCCCCUCUUUCACCUCUCCCUCAUCACUAAAAUAUCAUAAUCAAAAAGCUAAGUCUUCACUUUUCUGCUUGAUAGCUGCUUGAUCAAUACCAAGUGGGCAUCUCUUCCCCUGAAGAAAAAUACUUGCCUGCCCAGAUGCUGAACUGUCUCAUCUGUUGGCUGUAGCCUCCCUCCCUGGGCUUCUCAGCUGAGGCUUUAAUUGCCAACAUAGGGUUUGCUGGGAUAAAUGUUUUUGGCAAGGGUGGGGGAAACGGCAAGGCCAUAUGUGGGGCCCCUGGAUGCCACUGUUGUGACCCAUCUCAAGUCCCCUGCCAUUCCCCACAGCCUCCGGAACCUUUUGAAUUGGUUGGGUGACAUUUACCCAAAGAUCACACCAAAAGCCCCCUGGCCAUGUGGAUGCACAAAAAGCUCUCCUCAGUCCCCAGAGCCCAUUCAAUAUUCCCCCCUCAAUACCUUGCUUCCUUUUUCAGAGUGGCAAUGGAAAGCCACUUCUAAUUGCCAUUCUGGAGGGGAAAGGAGGCAUUUUUGGCAUGCUGUGGCUGGAAAAUUAUUCCUCUAGCUCCCCCUCCAUUGCUUACACCCCUGGUCUGUAGCAUGGCAGACCCUGCAAGGGUUGGAGAUAGGUUGUCUUCUGCCAGCAGAGACAACAGGACUCAGAGGAGCUAGGUUCCCCAUCAAUAUUGCUGGCCCCUUUAGGCAGUUCAGGACCUGUUUCUCCAGCCAGAAACAGCCCUUCUGCUCCAUCCCAAGAGCAAGUGCGCUCAAAAAGAAACAGCGUAAAAACACCAUUCCUUGCAGCCAUAAUCCAGUCCAUUUGCUUGCUCUUGGAACCAAUCCCUUAGUAAGGGGGCGAUCAAGGUAGAGGCCUGUUGUCAGUCGGCGGAGGGGCCCUCAUGUGUGCACCCUCUUCCCUCGGCUUCAAAAUAUGGUUUCUGUCCAGUUUUAAGAGUCUUGGCCCAGAACGUGUUGACUUUCUGUCAUUAUUGUGCUGGGAACCAAACCAAGGGAUGGUGCCUAAAGCAGUCCAGUCCACAGGCCCUGCUCUCUCACCCUGAGAAUGAAAUUGUAGCAAACUCUUAGGACAGUGUAGAUGCCUCUCUUAGGGCUUCCUCCAGUGUAGCACCAUGGCUGCCAAUCCAACCGCAGGGUCUUGCACAGCCAGCUGGUUCCAGAGCACGUGAAGACUGAGCAUAAAGCCCCCUAGAAGUCUCUUCCUGCAAUAGGCCAAGGGGUGGGAGGAAAUUCUUGCCUAGAAUAUGGAAACUUGUUACUUCUAUUUUGCCUUGUAUUUUUUGGGGGGGAGACUUUUUAACGACGGGGGACCCAAGAUCCAGAUGAAUUUUCCUCUCUUGGCUACAUUACAGAUUUAUUUGUUACUUGCCAGUCCCCUCUGGAUGUCUUGAACUACAGCUCCCAUCAUCCAUGGCCAUGCUCCAUGAGGGUAUAGUCUGAAUCUGCAGAAUAGGUUGCUAGAGCAUAGGCUAUACCCUUUCUCUCCUCCUUCGGUCUCUUCCUUUGCCUCCCCCAACCCUUUGCAGUUUCUGGUUCCUUUGGGAAGAAGCCUUUGCAAUUAUGUGCUGUCCAUUUUUACAACAAUGCAUUCUUAAAUAAAUGGGUUUUGAGCUGGG